AUGAGCCCAAUGCCACCAGCACGGAAUGGCUGGGUGCACUGGCUCAGUCCAACAACCCUCGCUUCUGGGACUCAAAAAUCUGAAGUAAACAAUGGUUUGACAACAAAGCCUGAGGUCAAGGAUGUCCAUACUGUCAAAGCUCAGUUUGAGCUGCAAACAUUGGACGACUCUUAUCCAGCAGAAGAUGUCAUGUGCAGCAAGAAGGCAGCAAACACUUUGAUGUAUGUCGUAAGUGCUUGCAAAAAGAUCAGGAAGUCCAGCACUGACCCACUGCAUUUUGUGGUGCAUACUGAGCCUCUGUUUCCGGAGGCAGCAGUGUCCAUGUACAACGUUGUUCCAGAGUUUUCCUUGGAGGAUUUUGAAAACAUGGAUGUGACCUUUACAGGUGAUACAGACAUUCUCAAGCAGCGGUUCUCAGUGAUCGAUCUGCACGGCUUGGAUGAUGUGCCUGUGGUGGUGCCAAAUGUGCGUGAUGCGGAUGGGAGCCUCAUCCAUCCCUCUGAGUACUCCAAGCAAUUGGACAAGGGGACUCCAGUAGCGGUGGAAGUCCUGUUGCAACUGACAAAGACUGCCCUUCCCAAUGGCAUUGGAAUGCCCGCUGACCCUAUAGGCAAACACAAGGCAGAUGCUCCUCCUGCCCAUGUGGGUCCCACUAGGAAGGCAGCUAAGAUGGCUGGGGCAAACAUGUAG